AUGUUUGAUUCAACGUCAGCAGAACGCACCUUCAUUCUCUCAUCGAUUGCAAAGGCCUUGGGCGUACCGGCGGAAAGCAUCGACACAUCAAAAUGUUUCAUUGGGCUCGGAGGCCAUUCACUGUCGGCGGUCGAGGUGCAACACGCAUGCAAGGCCGUGGUGUCCAAACCUCCAACAGUUUUUACGCUACUCACAUCACCUUCUAUCGAAGCGCUGCUGCCAGGUGAUGGUCCGCGCACAAGGGAGGCCCCUGCCAAGCCCGAGCUUAUUUCCAGUUCAACAGUGACCGAAUAUUCACAACCAUCAACAACACCGUCGUCAUUAUCAUCUCUGUCACAGUCGCCAUCUCGUUCGCUGUCUGGCUGUUCUAGUGUCCCAGACGGCGAGAAUGUAGAGGAUGCUUUGCCAUCAGAGCAAUCAGGGAUCAAACCACUAUCAGUCUCGAAUGAAGAGUCAGCCCCGGCAACUGGUCUGCAAGCAGCGUUCAUCCAUAGCGGGCAAAGCACAAUACACUAUUUUGAAACAUGGAGCCUCGAAGAUCUUCCCUUCAUAACGUAUGCCUGGAAGAGGGUGCUAGCUAUGGAACCAAUGUUCUCUACUAGGUUUGAAGAGGCGGGCCAGGGGAGAUAUGUCAUGCGCAAACGCAAGUUUGAGUGCCCAUGGACACAAGUAGUAACUUUUGAUCGUACGACAUACGAAGAAGAACUGGCGCGAAGAGAGGGACAGGUACAGCCGACGUUUGUAUUCAAAACCGUCGUGUUUAAAGGAGUCGGUAGCAAGAGCAGCAGCGGCAGACGUCGUGAGAGUGAAGCUACCAUUAUGAUAUCUAUCCAUCAUGCUCUAUUGGAUGGGUUUGCCAUGGAACGUCUCGCGGUCAAGGUGCGGAGGGUAGCAGCGGGAGAAGUGGGAGUUGGGGCAGGAAAAUCGUUCUUGACGGCGGCCAAAGAGAUCGAAGCACUGGCCAAGGAACAGAGCGAAGCUGCGACUCGGUAUUGGCAAAGUUGUGUACGAGAGCACACAGGGGCAGCUACAGAGACUGGUUUGCAGAGACCGAAGGGACAAGUAGAAGCAGCAGCGGCAGCAACGAAAUGGCCAACCAUCCAAGGAAAGAAGCGCAACGAAGUCAACGUCAAUUUUGAGCACUUGAGUGAGCUGCUACGGGAGAAGUCCAGGGAGCUAGGCGUCACUGUGGCGGCCUUCUUCCAUGCAGCAUGGGCGGUCGUGCAAGCCACGUAUGCAGAUGUCAGUCAGGUCAAGUUUGGAACCAUUAUGAGUGGGCGAAACCUGCCCAUCGACGGCAUCGACACCGUCAUUGGCCCUAUUCUUAACUCACUGCCAUUCUACGCAAAUGUUGACGAGGCUAUAAUGACGGACGAGUUUGUACAGAACGUCUUCAACGGUUUGGUAGAACUCUCGUGCUAUCAAUGGAGUGCACCCGAGCACGGCUUGAAUCGCGACUUCGAGGCGGCCCUGUCCGUCACACGGGGCAUCGACAGGGCGGCUGCUGGCGAGGAAAUGCAGCCACUUCGACCCGUGCAGUACGACUUUGAGAGUAGCAUUCCACUCAGCCUAGCGCUCGAUGAGGCAAUGAUGAGCCUACGUGUGGUCUACCAUGCAGAUCGAUAUGCGGCAACGGCCGUUGAGGACAUGGCCAUGUGCUUUGCUACGGCAUUGGAGCGGCUUGCGCACUCAACGCCCAUGCAUGCGUGCAAGUCAGCGCUAGUAACAGUGCCCAUGCAGAUGCGGCUGCGAGUCUUGGGAAACUGCAUAUCUGGAUCGACGACACGGGCUGCGCAUAUGCACGAGGAUCUGGUAUCUAUGCUGGACGCGGCCGCGCGCACGCACGCAGAGGCGGUGGCAGUCGAGGUUGGCAACCGACGCAUCACGUACGCUGAGCUGCAUCGGCUCACGGCUCGCACCGCCACGGCCUUGGGCGAGGCUGGGGUCAAGGCUGGCGAGGUUGUGUGUGUGCAUGCGGAUGGGAGUUUGGAAUGGAUCGUGGGCUUGCUCGGCGCACUGCAAGCCGACGCUGUCUUUUGCAGCUUGGAUGCCACUCUCCCCCACGAGCUUCGCCGCGACAUGUUCGGGACGGCCGGCGGCCGUGUCUUUGUCGUUGGUCAUGAGUGGCAGAGAGAGUUGAUGCCAGACGGGUGUGCCCACUUGCACACUCCCCAGCCGCUAGCCCCCGCGUACCUUUGCUUCACCUCUGGUUCCACUGGCCGUCCCAAGGGCGUCGUGUGCACCCACCAGGCCCUGAUCGCCUUCCAGGCUGACGUCGAGGUACGCCUUCACGCGAACCCGGGCGUCCGAAUCGCCCAAUUCAUGUCGCCCGCCUUCGACGGAAGCAUCCAUGAGAUCUUCUCUACCCUCUGCUAUGGGGCAACGCUCGUCCUGCGCGACCCGGCCACGUUGGCUGAUCCCUUCGACGUCCUGCGCCGAGUCAGUAGCGCCAUCAUGACGCCCUCGGUCGCCCGUUGCCUAUCGCCUGCAGAUUUUGCCAACCUCGAGACUGUUUACCUGGUCGGAGAGCAAGUCCCCCACCCUGUUGUCGACAAGUGGGCCACUGGCGGCCGCAAGCUAUACAACAUGUACGGUCCCACCGAGGGUACGGGUGGCGCAACCAUAACUCGGCUACGCCCCACACAACCCGUCACCAUUGGCCACCCUAAUCCAACGUCGCGCCUCUACAUCCUGGGACGCAACGGCUGCUUACUCCCACCGGGCGCCGUUGGCGAAAUCUACAUUGCUGGAGUGCAGAUUGCCCUAGGCUAUGCCAGCAUGCCUGAUCACACGGCUGCCUGCUUCGUGCCGGACACGAUAUGUCCCGGUCUGGGCGAAACCAUGUAUCAGACUGGCGACUACGGCUAUUGGGAUCACAACGGUCAUAUCGUCUGCCUUGGUCGGAGAGACCGCCAGCUCAAGCUGCGCGGCUUCAGGCUCGAUCUGGACGAUCUUGAGACCCGCAUUCUCAAGGCGCUGCCGCAUGUCAAAGCCGUCGCGCUUACAAGGUCUCAAAAAGGAGAUAGCCUCGUUGCUGUAAUUCAGCCGGCUACCUUGUCCCAAGAUGAAGUCAGGAAUGCCAUGUUGCAGAUCCUGCCCAAGCCAGCCGUGCCCUCUGCUAUUGCUUGCGUUGACGCCUUCCCUCUGACCCGUGUUGGCAAAGUCGAUUCGCAGGCAAUCGCAGCUAGUUUCCCAGCCCAUUAA